GUUAAGUACGUGUUUCCAGGUUGCACUUCCACAGCGUGCGUGUGUAUGAGCGAGCAAGAGCAAGAGAGAUGCGGCGUCGCUCGAGCAGCAGCAGGAGGAUCAGCAGCGACCUGCUCGUGUGGGGGGUGGUGCUGAUCGCGUGCUCGUCGCCAUGGAGGAUCCCAGCUGCUCAGGCUCAGCAGCCACCCCCGAAAACUCAUCCACUCGAAAAGGCGGCCCUGAACACGAUCCUGGGGAGAUGGGGGAAGGCGGCGUCGCCGGUGUGGAACAUCAGCGGCGAGCCCUGCAGCGGCCUCGCCGCCGACAAGAGCGACUGGGACAACUACCCCAACAUCAACCCCUUCAUCAAGUGCGACUGCACCUUCAGCAACAACACCCUCUGCCAUAUUACCAGACUGAGGGUAAUAAAUUUGGGCGUUGUCGGUCAAAUACCUUCGGAGCUGCAGAAUUUCACAUAUAUGCUGGACCUGAACCUGGGUUCUAAUUACUUGACUGGUCCCCUGCCAUCAUUCUUUGGAAAGUUUACUUCCAUGAAACAUUUGGCUUUACCUUUCAAUCUACUGUCUGGACCACUUCCAAAGGAACUUGGAAACCUCACCAAUCUACUUUCGUUGGGCAUUAGCUUUAACAAUUUUACUGGCCAACUUCCUGAAGAACUAGGCAACAUGACCAAUCUUCAGCAGAUGUACAUCGAUAGUUCUGGAUUCAGUGGUCCGUUCCCUUUGACAUUCUCAAAACUCGAUAACCUGAAGAUCUUGAGGGCAUCAGAUAAUGAGUUCACAGGGAAAAUACCUGAUAAUUUGGGAAGCAUGUCUAAUUUGGCAGAUAUGGCUUUCCAAGGAAAUUCUUUUGAAGGGCCAAUCCCAGCAAGUUUCUCUAAUCUAACCAAGUUAACAAAUUUACGGAUUGGCGAUAUUGUAAAUGGGAUCUCUCCAUUGGCCUUUAUCAGUAAUCUCACAUCUUUGACCAACCUGAUAUUAAGGAACUGCAAGAUAUCUGGAAACAUUGCAGAAGUAGAUUUUUCAAAGCUUGCAUCUUUAAUGCUGCUGGACUUGAGCUUUAACAAUAUCACUGGCCAAAUUCCUCAAACCAUCCUGAAUCUGGGAAAUCUUACAUUUGUGUUUCUUGGGAGCAAUAGCCUUACAGGAAGUUUGCCAGAUGCUAUAAGCCCUUCUUUGAAAACAGUAGACGUUUCCUACAACCAGCUCACUGGAAGCUUGCCUUCAUGGGCUACCCAUAACAACUUGGAACUGAAUUUGGUGGCAAACAAUUUUGUACUCGGUAACACCGACCUCAGCACUUUACCUUCAGGACUAAACUGCCUGCAGCAAGACACUCCUUGUUUCCGUGAUUCUCCACAAUACUACUCCUUUGCGGUUGACUGCGGCAGUAAUACAUCGACUAGAGGCUUAGAUGGCACUAACUAUGAAGCAGAUGCUACAAACCUUGGGGCUGCAUCAUAUUAUGUCACUGACCAAACAAGAUGGGGUGUCAGCAAUGUUGGAAACUACUUUCUAUCUACAAAUGGUUUGAACAUAAUAUCUAGUCCCCAGAAUCAGAAGUUUCAGAAUUCUGUUGAUUCCAAACUGUUUGAAACUGCAAGGAUGUCAGCAUCAUCAGUGAGGUACUAUGGUCUUGGACUUGAGAAUGGAAAUUACACUGUUCUGCUUCAGUUUGCAGAGCUUGCUUAUCCGGACUCGCAGACGUGGCAAAGCUUAGGAAGGAGAGUUUUUGACAUAUAUAUCCAGGGCGAUCUGAAAGAAAAGAAUUUUGAUAUCAGGAAGACAGCAGGUGGAAAAUCUUUUACUGCAGUUAAUAGGAGUUAUACAACAAUAGUGUCAAAAAAUUUCCUUGAAAUCCAUCUCUUCUGGGCUGGUAAGGGCACAACUGCCAUACCUACUCAAGGUUACUAUGGCCCGAUGAUCUCAGCAUUAAGCGUCACACCAAAUUUUACUCCAACUGUUCGAAAUGGUGUACCAAAAAGAAAAAGUAAAGCAGGCACAAUUGCAGGAAUAACGAUUGGUGCAUCAGUUUUAGGAUUAAUAGCCUUAUUUGGAAUAUUUAUGUUCGUAAAGAAGCGCAGAAGGAUGGCACAACAGCAAGAAGAACUGUACAACCUUGUUGGACAACCAGAUGUCUUCAGUAACGCUGAACUCAAGCUAGCUACCGACAACUUCAAUUAUCAAAAUAUUAUUGGGGAAGGUGGAUACGGGCCAGUGUAUAAGGGUAAACUACUUGAUGGAAGAGUUAUAGCAGUGAAACAACUUUCUGAAUCAUCUCAUCAGGGGAAAACUCAAUUUGUGACAGAGGUUGCAACAAUUUCUGCCGUGCAACACAGGAAUCUUGUUAAAUUGCACGGAUGCUGCAUUGACAGUAAAACACCCUUGUUAGUUUAUGAGUACCUUGAAAAUGGAAGCCUAGAUCGAGCAAUCUUUGGACAUAGCUUAAAACUAGAUUGGGCAAUGCGUUUUGACAUCAUCUUAGGCAUAGCAAGAGGCCUAACAUAUCUUCAUGAGGAGUCAAGUGUGCGAAUUGUGCACAGGGACAUCAAAGCCAGCAAUAUUCUACUUGAUACUGACUUUACCCCAAAGAUCUCUGACUUCGGACUUGCCAAACUCUAUGAUGAGAAGAAAACUCAUGUGAGCACGAGAAUAGCAGGGACAUUGGGCUAUCUCGCUCCUGAGUAUGCCAUGAGAGGCCAUUUGUCAGAGAAGGCUGAUGUUUUUGCAUUCGGAGUGCUCAUGAUGGAGAUGAUUGCCGGUCGAUCGAACACGAACAAUACCCUAGAGGAAAGCAAGAUAUUUCUAUUGGAGUGGGCUUGGGGCCUGUAUGAAAUGGGGCAAGCUCUAGGAGUGGUCGAUCCAAGUCUCAAGGAGUUCAACAAGGAUGAAGCUUUCAGAGUCAUUCGUGUUGCACUUCUCUGCACACAGGGCUCACCACACCAGCGGCCCCCAAUGUCGAAGGUCAUGGCGAUGCUGACCGGCGAUGUUGAUGUGGGUGAGGUGGUGACGAAGCCAAGCUACAUCACCGAGUGGCAGCUCAGGGAUGGCGGCACCAGCAGCUACACCAGCAGCAGCUAUGCAGGAUCCAGCAACACUGAGUUCAGCAGGUUGAAGGAGACGACGAUCAACAAAACUAACCUCGAGGGAAGGUGAUGAACUGAUGCAUAAUUUCAAGUCAAGUUUUCUGUAGAUGAUUAACCUUGGUUUGGAGUGACAGGUGUUGGGGCACUAUGUGUGUUCAUCCGUAGUUGUGUGUGCGUUGAUGUGAGUAAGAGGAAAUAGUAGAACUGCUUUGAAUAAUUUUGUCAUGAAUUUACAAGCUGUACUGCUAUAAUUUUAAAAGGGUGAGUUAAUAUGGUGUAUUGCUGUCUUGUAAAUGAACAUGUUCAGCAACAUUUGUUAGCUAUAGAACUACUUGAUGGGUACAAAUGCUUUCCACAUGAAGGUGCCAAGGGUAUAUGUGUGCUUCAUGGGCAUUUUUAGUGUUUUCCCAUCUUUUGAACACAAUAUAUAUGUUGGU